UAGCUGUCUCUGUCUUUGUUAUUAUUGCGUUCAGCUGAUUCAAUGCGUAUUUUAUAAAACCAAGUGAAUAGUUUUGCUAUGGUCAAGAUCUUGCUUCGUCUCACGAAGGAAACUAUUUGUCUUUUGAGAAAUUCGCAUAAUUUUUAUCCAUUCCAAAUGGCUUGGAGAUCAUCUGGAACCAAUAAUGCUGAUUUAAUGAAUCAACUCGAAGUGUUUGACGUGAUUAAAACGCGAAAAGUGAAGGAAUUAAUGACAGAAACGGAUCGAAAAUACUAUUGCCCAAAAACACCAUACGUGGACGCACCACAGAGUAUUGGCAAUGGUGUAACCAUAAGUGCACCGCAUAUGCACGCAUACGCUUUGGAGUAUCUGAUUGAAAAGUUCAAAUAUGGUGGCAGAGCAUUGGAUGUAGGUUCGGGCUCAGGAUACUUAACAGCUUGUUUGGCGAGAGCGAAUCGAAAAGCAGUUGAAAGCAAGACGAACGGUAAAAAAAUUGUCAUUGGAAUCGAGCAUCAAGCACCAUUAGUUGAGUUGUCGAUUAAAAAUAUUAACGCUGACGAUCCUACUUUUAUCAAGAAUGGCGAACUAAUUAUUGUCGAGGGCGAUGGAAGAAAUGGUUACGAGGAAUUCGCACCGUAUGACAUUAUUCAUGUGGGUGCUGCGGCUCCAAAGACUCCUGAAAAUCUGUUGAAUCAAUUGAAGAAUGGAGGUCGCUUAAUAAGCCCCGUUGGACCACAGCCGGAUGGAUCACAAUAUUUGGAGAUGUAUGAUAAAAAUGAGAGAGGCGAAGUGAGUCGUACACGGUUGAUGUCCGUGGUUUAUGUCCCGCUGACCGAUUUGAAUGGAACAUCGCGAUGACUUCAAAACUGUUGUACAAUAGUCUGAGUAGAUUUAUUUUUUUUUGUUUAAAGACAAACUGAUUUCGUUUAUUUAAUGACCAUUUCGUUCAAAGACAAACAAAUCUAUUAUUCUGUUACAACUUACAAACCGCUCUACUACCUAAGUUUCAAUACUAUUGUGUUCUUGCUCUCGAGAGAUCUCUUUUCAGUUUUUAAAAGACAUCAGACAUUUGUACAAUCCAUCCCAGCUAUCGAAAAUGACUACUAAUGCAUUUGUAGUGUAGCUUAAACCACGGAUCCUUUAGAUUUCUGCUAGUUUUAGUACAUAUAUGUUUUUUUAAACAAAUCUGUUGUUUAUGGCAUUUUUGUUAUUUUAAGAUGAAAUCCUGUACUUGUUUUCAAUUAAACAAGAAUUUAUAUUUAUUUCCAAUAAACUGAAUGUUUUGCCGAUUAAA